AUGCAGGUGGAUGCCAAGUACCGCCAGGCCUCGCUGUACGUGGGCGACCUGCACGCCGACGUGACCGAGGACCUGCUGUUCCGCAAGUUCAACGCCGUGGGGCCCGUGCUGUCCAUCCGCCUGUGCCGCGACGCGCGGACGCGCCGCUCGCUGGGCUACGCCUACGUGAACUUCCUGCAGCUGGCCGACGCGCAGCGCGCGCUGGACACGCUCAACUUCGACGUGCUGCAGGGCCGGGCCAUGCGGCUGAUGUGGUCGCAGCGGGACGCGCAGCUGCGGCGCUCGGGCGUGGGCAACGUGUUCAUCAAGAACCUGGACCGCUCCAUCGACGGCAAGGCGCUGCACGCGCGCUUCUCGGCCUUCGGCAAGAUCCUGUCCUCCAAGGUGGCCCGCGACGAGCGCGGCGGCUCGCGGGGCUUCGCCUUCGUGCACUUCCAGGAGCCGCGCGCGGCCGAGCGGGCCAUCGAGCGCAUGCACGGGGCGCGCCUGGGGAACUGCACGCUCUUCGUGGGGCGCUUCCAGAGCCGCCAGGAGCGCGCCGCGCCGCCGCCGCCGCCGCCGCCGCGCGACUUCACCAACGUGUACGUGAAGAACCUGGGCCCGGCCGUGGACGACGCGCGCCUGCGGCAGCUCUUCGCGCCCUUCGGGCCGACGCUGAGCGUCAAGGUCAUGCGCGACGGCGCGGGCCGCUCGCGGGGCUUCGGCUUCGUGAGCUUCGCGCGCCCCGACGCGGCGCGGGGGGCCGUGGCCGGCCUGCACGGGCGCGCGCUGGACGGCCAGGCGCUCUUCGUGGGCCGCGCGCAGAGCCGCGCCGAGCGCCAGGCCGAGCUGCGGCGGCGGCGCCGGGAGCAGCCCCCGGGGGGCCCCGAGCCCCAGCCGGAGCAGGAGCACCCUCCCAGGCCGGGACCCGCGCCGCCGCCGCCCCCCGCGCCCACCAAGCUCUACGUCAAGAACCUGGACGAGGCCGUGGACGACGAGCGCCUGCGCCGCGAGUUCGCGGGCUUCGGCGCCGUGAGCCGCGCCAAGGUGAUGCGCGAGGACGGGCGCAGCAAGGGCUUCGGGCUCGUGUGCUUCUGCGCGCCCGACGCCGCCGCGCAGGCCCUGGCCGCGAUGAACGGCCGCCGCCUGGGCUCCAAGGUCCUCAGCGUCGCGCUGGCCCAGAGGCCCUGA